GCAGGCUUGCAAUUGCAGCGAAGCCCGAUUAAAAGAGUUUUCCUUCCCAAACCUGCUUUCCCGCCGCGAACUACAACUCCCAGGAGCCCUUGCAAGCCCGAGAAGUUGCGACUAUCACGAAGCUCUUGUUGGCGUUAUAAUGCAAAGGAAGAAACGCUUUUUAGGGGAAGGAUCGCCAGUGCAGAGACGGCCAACCUAGAGACGAGGGAAUCAGGAGACACCAAGACGAAAUUCGCCUGAUGGGCAGUUUUGAUCUUGCCUUCAGCAAAGGGUGGAACUGCAGAGCCCGAUUCCUAGGAAGAAGAAGGCUAAAAAAACUGGCAAGCCCCUUCCUGCGGUGUUCCCUCCCCCGGAAAUGGGCUCUUUUGAAUGUACUUUUUCCCCGGGAGUGGCAGCUGUUGUUUUGGGGCUGGAUCCUGGUCGUUCAUACCCCUCGGAGGAGGAUCUGAGUGGAAGGCCCUCCAGCCAGAUUUGAACACUUUCUCCUCCUCCUCCUUUCAGUGUUUGUCACCCUGAAACGUCCAAUAUUGUAAUUAUUGUAAGGUGAGAAUCCAGCUGGGGAGGAAUCCAGAUGCUGUACCAUUAAAGCCCUGCUGUUCACUGUACACAUCCAGAAGAGUCUUAUCUCUGAGCUUCUUUUGGUAGAGAGUGAAAGAGAGGAUAUGGACGCAGGGCAGGGGAAGCAGCCGGACUUCCCAUUCCAGGCUGUGCAGAAGCACUGGAUGUCCCCGGGAGUGAAAAUGGAGGAACAAGACCCAGGAGGCUCUGCACCAAAGGAGGAAUCGGAGGGAACAGGAAAAGCUGUCCACCAAGCUGGAAGGCUCCAGGAAUUCCUGCAGAGGAUUCCCGGAGAACAAGUUAAACAGGAACCAAAGGAGGGUCUUCUUCAGCGCUGGGAUGCCCAAUGGCAGGAGUUUCUGAAGACAGUGGAGUCCCCUUGCUCUGGACUGGCAAUCCCCCAGCUGACAGAAGAGCCCGCUCCAUGGGAUGAUACUAAGGCCUUUCUGGCCUCCUUUGAGCAAGUGGCCGAAGCCUGUCAAUGGCCCAGGGGAGAGUGGGUGACCCAGCUCCUGCCAGCUCUGAGUGGAGAAGCCAAGAAGACCUUUGACAGGCUGGAGAUCGGAGACAGAGAGGAUUAUGGGAAGGUGAAAGCAGCCAUCUUACGACAGGAUGCUCUGGCCCGGGAAAGGUGGGGUCACCACUUCAGGCAUUUCUGCUACCAGGAGGCUGAGGGUCCGAGAGGGGCUUACAGCCAACUGCAGAAACUUUGCCAUGGGUGGCUAAGGGUAAAGAAGCAGACAAAGGAGCAGAUUUUGGAGCUGCUGAUCUUGGAGCACUUCCUGGCCGUCCUUCCACCGGAGAUCCAGAGCUGGGUGCGGGAUUGUGGCCCAGAGACCUGUUCCCAGGCGGUGGCCCUGGCUGAGGGUUUCCUGCAGAUGCAGCUAGAAGCCAAGAGACAGGAAAAACAGAAGCCAGCAUCACUUCAGGAGGCAGCCCCGGGUUUCUCCCGAUCUUCACAGGCUCUGCCUGACCCUGUCCACAGGCGGCAGUACAGGGAGACCACGCAAGAGGGUGACCACGGAGAUGUGAAUUCACAAGAUUCCAUGCAAGUAGACGAGUGUGAAGAAAGAAACCGUCGGCUAGGAAGACCUGAGCAAGCAGAACCAUCCCAAAGAAGAGUGCUGAAGAAUGUUUCCAGGACCCCGAAAGAGGGUGACUCCUCUGAGGAUCGGAGUGAACCAAAGAGGCAGCUAGGGGGGAGCCACCCACGGAUGGGAGUGGGGGAUCCUGUUUCUUGUGGGGUAAGUGAGAAACCCCUCCAUGAAGGCCUGCUGCAGCAAACGGCACUCAGUGGGUCUGAGGAAGGCUUUGAACAGGAGUCUGGCUUUAUCAAAUGUGAAGAGGUUGUAAUCCAAGAGCUGACUUAUCAAUGUGAGGAUGGUGAAAGCCUCAGCUGCAAGGAUCCUCUGAUGAGACAUCCGCAAGUCCACCCUGGGGGGAAGUCCAACCAGUGUGCCUACUGCGGGAAAACCUUCAGCCGCAGGCCGAACCUUGUGACGCACGAGAGGACCCACACUGGGGAGAAGCCGUACGGGUGCUCAUACUGUGGGAAAACCUUCAUCCAGAGCUCCCACUUGAUCGUGCAUGAGAGGACGCACACUGGAGAGAAGCCCUACAAGUGUUGCACCUGUGGGAAGAGCUUCAGCAGCACUUCCAACCUCCACACGCACAGGAGGACCCACACAGGGGAGAAGCCGUACAAAUGUCCAGUGUGUGGGAAGGGCUUCGUUAAUAAGUCCCACUUGAUUACUCACCAGAGGCAGCACAAUGUGGAGAAGCUGCAGAUGGAACAGCCGGAUCUGGGGAAAAAGUUUUGUCUAAACUAACUGAAAAAGGAUCCACAUUGGAGAAAAGCUAUAUUGGAGUGUGUGCCUUGUUUCAUAUGGGAGUCAGUCCGUUACAGUCUAGUUCAGUUCCAAUUGGGGUUCAGCGGCGCUUGAAGCCAUACCAGGCCCAUAACAUUUCUGCGACUGGUCGGGUACACUUGAAACCAGAACGGAACUGGUUGGGUUCAUGCAGAAAAACGUACAUGUCCACAUUAGCUUGGUGAUGAGCAUGUGUGAUAAGCAGGGCUGUCAUCCAAUUAAUGAAGUCUUGGUUUUAAUUGUUAAGUAAUGUAUAUAUUUGCAUAUGAGUAAAAGCAACAGUUCUGGA